AUGUUCCCUACCGCAAAUCAGACUAUGGGCUCGACGCUAGGCCCUCACAAUCGCGAACAGCAAACCGUCAAGGAUCAAUGCUCCGGGGAUCACCCUGUCGAGCACGAUUGCAGUGAGCGCAACGCACAUGGAAGCGCGUUCCAGAGGAUUAUCAACGCAAACAAGAUUCUCGCCAUUACAAGAAGCCGUGGCAUAUACGCCCGAAUCUCAUCAAUCAUCAAGUCCCUCAAACCGGCCUCUUCUAUACCGUGCGAGAUGUGCUUCAGCGCGGGACUGCAGCGACUGUAG